AGCCUCUGUGUUAGAGUGUGUUCUGUGUGUGUGUGUGUGUGUGUGUGUGUGUGUGUGUGCGUGUGUCUGUGUGUGUGUGUAGAGGCUGGCCUGGAGUCUCUCAGCCUCACCUGCCAGACAACAUCUGCUCCCUCCUCAUCCUGUCUGCUAUAUUCUCCUGAAAUUUCCAUCUCCAUCUUGGCCAGCCCAGACAAUGCCUCCCAACCUCACCGGCUACUACCGCUUUGUCUCGCAGAAGAACAUGGAACAUUACCUGCAAGCCCUAAACAUCGGCAUGGCCUUGCGGAAGAUAGCGCUGCUGCUCAAGCCAGACAAGGAGAUUGACCAUCAGGGCAACCACGUGAUAGUCAAGACCCUCAGCACCUUCCGCAACUACAUUCUGGAAUUCGAUGUGGGAGUUGAGUUUGAAGAAGAUCUAAGGAUCGUGGAUGGACGAAAAUGCCAGACCAUAGUAACCUGGGAGGAGGAGCAGCUAGUAUGUGUGCAGAAAGGGGAGGUCCCCAACCGAGGCUGGAGACACUGGCUGGAGGGAGAGAAACUGUAUCUGGAACUGACUGCAAGGGAUGCAGUGUGCGAGCAGGUCUUCAGGAAGGUCAAAUAGCCAGAGAGGAGCUGAGGGGCCCUCCAGACUGCACCGGUCCCCAGGCUCCUCCUAGGGAGGAGGCCUUAUACCCCUUCAAGCCAGAUUGUUCCAGGUCAGCAGUCCCUUUUUUUGGGCCACUUACUCUCCCUCCAGGUCCCUCCUCCCUCCUCCCCAUGUUAAUCUAUAACUUGUAGCCCCCAGGCCAAAGUCUUUUGUCACACUCCACUGCCUCACAUCUGGUUCAAGGUCUGGCCUCCUGGAUGAAAGAAACAGGCAAAGAGGAAAGACCCCUUGAGAACAGUGGAUCUCAACUCUCUUCAUUUCAUUUGGUUUCUUCUUUUCCAUCUAAGAAAGAACUAAGCUUUGAGCAUUUGAGGACUAGUAAGAACUCUUCCUGGUGAAACUUCUGGAAAACUGAGUUGGGUUCAAGAAUGUAAACAGGAGCUACUGGUAGAGUUGUUGUU